CCUUUGUAGUGGGUUAUGCCGACGAUGAGAACAGUCUAAAUUAACCUUAAAAAUGUUUAGAAAAACACUGUGUUGAAUGUUAAAACAUAAUUUAUUUAAAAUGUAUCGGUUGUGUAAAUUUUCCCGUUUUUUAAAAACUUUCCAGGCCUCAAGUAUUAAACAUUCAAAGUUGCACGAAAGUGUGCUCUAUGUGUGGUAUUGACAAUAACAUACCAAUUCAUAACCCCAAAACUGGCUCAAAAAAAGAAAUCACACUACAGAAGAGACAGCAGUCAACAAAUCCAGAUGUAAUUUUUAUUAAUGAACUUGCAAGGAGAAAACGUUUUCGCAAAAACAAAAAAUUUUUUACAGAACUUUUGGAAGUUUUCAAUGAUACCUCCAAGGAAACAAAAGCAUCAGUUAGAAAUUUAAAACCGAAUGAUGUGUUUCGAAUUUCUGAAAACCCUGAUGUUGGAUUGGAUCAUGUGCAUAAAGUUAAGAAAACACCAAAGACACAAAAGGUGAAAAAAGAUAAAACCAACACAAUUGACCUAAAUUCUAUAAACACAUUUAAAAUAAUUGAAGAUAAACUUGACAGUAGUCACGCCAAGACAAAGAGUAAUUCCAAUUUAAGUAAAUCCAAUGCUGGCACAAAAGAAAUCUCAGACAUUUUAAAUAAGCAUCAUGAAGAUACAGCAGACUUUUGUGAUUCAAAGUUUGAAUCUGACUUCAUAAAAACAAAUUUGUCAGAGGAUAAUGUCAAAAUUCCUGCAGAAAUGCGUGAACUAAUUCCACUACAAGAAAGAAUAGAAUGUGAUACACUCCUUCCACCUGCAACUUCACCGUUUCAAGUAGAUAUUGAGGAUGUAUAUGACCUUCAGCAUGAGGAGAGUGAGAGUAUCUCAAACCUUCCUAUCAGCGAAACUUUACCAAAUGCUCCAUCAGAGCCACUGGAAGAGAGAAAGAGGAAAGUAGUGUGGAAAAGGAAGACAAAAGACAGCAUUGCAAAGGAAAAAAUGUCUGAGCUGGAGAAACAAUCUAAAGAAAAAUCAUUCAACACAACUCUAUAUUCGUAUAUUACACUUUGUGUGAGCUGUAAUUUCCUCCAACGAGGUCUAGCCACUCUACAUUAUUAUACAUACAGAAGCAAGAGGUCAGAAAAAAAUCCAAAGAUUACUGACAUCAGGAUUUAUGAAGUCUUGAUGCGUGGAUUUGCAGCUCAUGGUAACCAUAAUAAAGUGAAUGAACUUUGGAGGAUGGUAUCAUCAUCGGGACUCAAACUUUCAUUGGAAAUAUUUGCCUAUCGGCUGGAGUGUGCUGGCCGGUCAACCAAUGAUAGACAAGAAAUUUCUGAUAUCAUCAAAUCACUCAAUGACACGGGCUACAAUUUAAAUGACAUUUUUGUGAAAUGUUCAUUUCUCGGAGAUCAAAGAGAUAUUAUAUUAAAAGCAAUUCAAGUGAAACACCCAAAUUUUGAACCCAGUGUGCCUCUGCCUUCAAUAUGCUAUUCCUGUUCUCUGCUGCAAGAACUAAAUAAAAAACAGGAAGAACAUGUGGGAAUCAAAUCACCAGCUGAAGGAGUCAUUAGCAAAGAAGAAAUACAAGAACUAGCGAAGGAGCAAUUAAACAGUGAAUUUUCAUUCCGUUUGAAAGUCAAAUCGAUUGAGAAGAAGGUUGAAUCAGAGGGCAAUCUAGAAGCAAACCGUGAAAAACUGAAUUUUAUGAGGAGUGCUUGGAUGAACGAUUUGAAGAAGGGUUUUGAUCGAGAUGUAACACUUUUAGAAAAGAUGAAAACAUCAAAAUCAAUUAGUUUGUUGCCUUACAUGAAGGUACUUGACCCUCAGAGCUAUAUUGAAAUCAUGAUGUGGGAGGUACAGCGUUUGGCAGAAGGAUCUGAAACGUUCAGUCCUACCACCAGUCAGUUGUAUAGAUAUCUUGGAAAUCAAGUGAGAAACAGGUAUGUUAUUAAAUAUAAAAAGGAGAAUGGAAUUGUGGACAAGACCAAGAUGUUGUAUGAUAAAUAUUGUGAAUGGUACUUAAAUCCUGCAAUAAACGGGUCUAGAAGCUGUAAUGGCCGCCAGGAGUGGCAACAGUUGCUGUACGACCACCAGAACGGUCCAUCUAUCGUUGGGGAUGAAGACUAUUGGUCUUCCUCUGUGCUUUUGGGAAUCGGGAAGUUUCUCUACAACAUCAUUGUCGGAGAUGUGAAGGUGGAUGUGAAUAUUCUUAACAAAACAAGCAAGCAGCAUAUGCUGCCAGCGUUUUACCGUGUUUACCGACAACAAGGAGUGAAGAGUGUGGAAGAGAUCAAACCUCAUCCAAAGAUAUCAAAACUGUUCCGAGCCGCAUCUGAGGAACACAUACUGUUUGACAUCACACUGGUGCCCAUGCUUUCACCCCCACUACCCUGGACAUCCUGCCAGACAGGAGGAUACUUGAUGGCUAAGACAGACAUCAUCAGACUGCCAGACCAUGCUCUGCAGCAGAGACAGAGACUGAGGGAGGCACCAACGGAUCAGCUGUACCCUCCCUUGGACUCCCUCAACCAACUGGGCUCCAUCCCUUGGAGAGUCAACAAACCUGUGCUGGAUACAGUGAUAGAAGUGUUCAACAAUGGAGGAUCAGCCAAGUUGGAAAUUCCUGAGCCCUCACAUGCGUGUCAGGUUGCACAACCUGUGAAUGCUUCAAUGACCAAGCAGGAACGCUACCAGGCAUACCGUCAGCGCAUGUUGUUGCGCAGACAAAAGGCUGAGAUGUACAGUCUGUGGUGUGAUGCUCUGUACAAGCUCUCACUGGCCAACCAUUUCAGAGACAGGGUGUUUUGGUUACCACAUAACAUGGACUUCCGAGGGCGAGUGUACCCAUGCCCUCCUCACCUGAACCAUCUGGGUGCUGACAUGUCUCGCUCAUUGCUCUGCUUUGCUCAAGGCCAACCGCUAGGUUCCACAGGCCUUGACUGGCUGAAGAUUCAUCUUGUUAAUCUUCUUGGGACAAAGAAACGAGAAUCAGUAAAGGCUCGGCUUGAGUAUGCUGAAACUUUAAUGUCAGAUAUUUUAGAUUCUGCUGAGAAACCACUAACAGGCAGGAAGUGGUGGAUGGAGUCGGAGACCCCAUGGCAAACGUUAGCCUGCUGUAAGGAAAUCUACGCAGCCCUGCAGCACAGCGAAGGCCCAGAACACUAUGUCAGCCAUUUCCCUGUACACCAGGAUGGCAGCUGUAAUGGUCUGCAGCACUACGCAGCUCUGGGCCGCGAUCACGCUGGAGCUGCUAGUGUCAACCUGCUACCUCAAGACCUGCCACAGGACGUCUAUAGCUGUGUCGCUGCUCUGGUGGAGAGAGAAAGAGCUAAAGACUCUGCUGCGGGAGUAAAGGUUGCUCAAGAGCUGGAUGGCUUUGUCCGCCGGAAAGUAAUCAAACAGACUGUGAUGACUACUGUGUAUGGAGUCACCAGAUUUGGAGCCCGUUUACAAAUAGCCAAGCAACUCAAAGAUAUUGAUUCGUUUCCGAAAGAAUAUGUGUGGCCAGCAUCAACCUACUUAGUGUUAAAGACAUUUGAAAGUCUUAGAGAAAUGUUCAACUCCACUAAAGAAAUUCAGGACUGGUUCACUGAGUGCGCGCGGCUGGUGUCGCAGAUCUGUGGACAGAACAUGGAGUACGUGACACCUUUGGGACUUCCAGUUGUACAACACUACAGCAGACAGCUCAAGCGACCAGAUCUGAAUAACAAACAGCUGGGUCAUCUCCAGGACUACUUUCCCAUCGACAUGUUCGAACGACCAAAUGUUAUGAAACAGAAGAAUGCAUUUCCACCCAACUUCAUCCACUCGUUAGACUCCAGUCACAUGAUGUUGACGUCAAUUUUCAGUGAACAGAGAGGUCUGACGUUUGUAUCUGUCCAUGACUGUUACUGGACUCAUGCAAACACAGUGCACAUCAUGAACCAGAUAUGCAGAGAACAGUUUGUUGCACUUCAUUCUCAACCUAUUCUAGAAGAUCUCUCGAAGUUCAUGGUACAAAAAUACAGUUCCAAAGAAAGUAGACUGGUGGACCAGAACAGCGUGAUGGGACAAGCCAGGCAGAGAUUACACUCUGUUUUGACUCAGGUGCCUCCCAAGGGAUCAUUUGUUCUAGAGAACGUUUUAGAUUCAAUUUACUUUUUCAGUUGAAUAAGUGAGAGUCAUAGUGUAGCUGGCCGAUUCGAAUACAACUGUGAUCAUUUGUUCUAAAUGAGCAGUGUACAAGAGAAUCUAUCAUUUAAUGAUCAAAACUAAAAAUAUUUAAUGGAAAUGGAAAUUGUGCACUCCUAAAAAAAGUUCAAAAGCACAUUUUUAGCAAUUUGUAUUGAGCUUUGACAGAGCAGAAAAAGUGUAACAUAAACGUUAUGACUUACACGAGUCAAUGAUAUGAAUAGUAAAUCUACAAAAAGUAAGAUUAUUCUCUGUUGAUUUAUUUACUUAAUUUUUGACAUUAUUUAACACUAUUGUAAAUUAGUUCAUUUCAUCUUGCCAUGUGUGCCUUGACUACCUUUUGAUCACUUUGUCAAUGAGUUUUGGCACCUCUGCACAUUAAUCUUGGUCUCUACUGUAUUUCUAUGUAUUACAUCAAAGAUUUCAAAUAUGAAUGUUGUUUCAAAUUGAAUAAAAAUCAAAAAUCAUUCAGGUUUGACUGUCAUUCCAGUAACAAAAUAAGACAAAGUUCACUUUUAAUCGUUAAUUUAAAAUAAUUAUGUAAUUGUUAAUUAUGUUACCAAAUAACAUAAAUUCGGUUUGCUGUGAGUAUUUGUACGAGUCUGAUUAUGUUAGCAUACUUAUUAGUCACUAGUAGUUUGUAAAUAGGAAAUAAACAGUAUUGUGUUA